AUGUCACCACGGCUGCUGCUGUUGUUACUUAUCUUCGCGGGCUUCACUGAAACGGAACUCGCCAGUGCCAAUGGCGAGUACUUGAUCGGCACGGGCAGCCACGAUAUGACCGGUCCCGCUGCUGAGGUUAACUUGAUGGGUUAUGCGAACAUCAAACAGAACGCUGCCGGGAUCCAUUUCCGGCUACGGGCUCGGACCUUCAUCGUUGCUGAAAGCGAGACGAACGGGUCUAGGUUUGCUUUCGUCAACCUAGAUGGCUGCAUGGCGUCCCAGCUCGUUACCAUUAAAGUGCUCGACAGAUUGAAUUCCAGGUUUGGAAAUCUAUACACCCAAGAAAACGUGGCGAUCAGCGGCACUCACACCCACGCCGGCCCAGGUGGCUAUUUGCAGCAAAGCGCCUUUUCAUUCAGUCAUUUCAUCGAACACAAAGACCACAAAAUCAAGUUUCCAACUCUUCCAGCUUUUACUUUGUCCUCAGGGGACGUAGAGAACGCGGGAAUCAACAGGAGCCCAAGCGCUUACCUCGCCAACCCACCGGAGGAGAGAGCGAGGUACGAGUCCAACGUCGACAAGGAGAUGACCCUUCUGAAGUUCAUCGACGCGGCUACCGGGAAGAGCGUCGGAGCAUUCAGCUGGUACGCCACCCACGGCACGUCGAUGUCCAGAGACAACAAGCUCAUCAGCGGCGACAACAAAGGGGCCGCCGCAAGGUUCUUCGAGGAUUGGUUCGCCUCCAACUCCUCCUCGACCGCAGCCGGGAAACCAAGCCCCUCCGCAGCCGUGAACAUCGACAAAUUGGUCGCCAAGGCAGGAACAGUCAAAGCCACCGGCGGGGAAACUUGCCGGGAAACGACCAGCCAGGGGUUCAGGGUGAGGAAGGACAGGGAAUUCGUCGGAGCUUUCUGCCAAUCGAACGUCGGCGACGUGACGCCGAACGUUCUCGGAGCAUUCUGCGUCGACACAGGAAAGCCUUGCGAUUUUAAUCGCUCUUCUUGUGGCGGGAACGACCAGCUCUGCGUUGGCCGUGGGCCAGGGUAUCCGGACGAGACUUUGAGCACUAAGAUCAUCGGCGACAGGCAAUUCAAGAAGGCAGCAGAGCUAUUCACGUCGGCGAAAGAUGAAUUACGAGGUAAGAUCGAUUAUCGUCAUGUCUACCUGAACUUCACGAAUCUUGAAGUUCAGGUAGAAGGCAAAGGCACGGUGAGGACGUGCCCGGCUGCUGUUGGACCAGGUUUUGCAGCAGGGACGACGGAUGGACCUGGAGCGUUUGGGUUUCAACAAGGAGAUACAGAGAUCAAUCCAUUUCUGAAGAUGGUGAGAGACUCCAUAAAAAAGCCAAGCCAAUAUCAGGAAGAUUGCCAAAAACCCAAACCGGUUUUGCUCUCCACGGGAGAAAUGUUUGAUCCUUAUCCAUGGGCGCCGGCAAUUCUUCCUGUACAGAUACUUAGGCUAGGGAAGUUGAUCAUACUCUCAGUGCCAGGAGAGUUCACAACAAUGGCUGGUCGGCGACUAAGAGAGGCGGUAAAGGCGACACUAAUAGCCAAUGGGGGAGGAGAAUUUGAUGACAACACCCAUGUUGUGAUUGCUGGCUUGACCAACACUUACUCCCAGUACAUUUCCACUUUCGAGGAGUAUCAACGUCAGAGAUACGAGGCAGCAUCAACGCUCUACGGGCCUCAUACACUAUCUGCAUAUAUCCAGGAAUUCAACAAACUUGCAAAACAAAUGGCUAGAGGCGAGAGGAAUAGUAACGCAUCCACGUUAUCCCCACCUGAUCUUUCGUCCGAACAGCUGGGUUUGUUGAUUGAGCCACUAGGGGAGUCACCACCAGAUGGUAUUAAAUUUGGCGACAUGAAACAGGACGUAGCUCAAUCAAAAGAUGGUCAUUUCAAGAAGGGAGAUCGAGUCAGGGCCAUCUUCUGGAGCGCCAACCCUAGGUACGAUCUACUAACAGAAGGAACAUUUGCUGUGGUGGAGAUGCUUCAAGGGGGAGGGAAGUGGGUUCCAGCAUUUGAUGAUGAUGAUUUCUGCUUGCUUUUCAAGUGGGGAGUUGAUAAUAAGACUGGUUCUAGCUUGGCAACUAUAGAGUGGGAUAUUCCUAAUGAAGCGAGUCCUGGUGUCUACAGGCUAAGGCACUUUGGUUCAGCAAAGGAGACUGUAGUCUCUGCUGUUGGCUACUUUACUGGUGCUUCUAAUGGAUUUGCAGUAGCUUAAACAUGGCGUGAAAGAAAAUGUGGACCGUGUAGUAGGUAAAGAAGC